AUGGACGAAGCCAUCGGGCCAGAAAAGCCGCUGCCACAUUGCAACGACUCUGCGAGCACUGAAGAAUACGUCGAAUCUUUGCUGGAUUUUGUCGGCUCUGACGAGCUGCUGCGGACUCUAUGCGGCGGUGUACACAUCCUGGACUUCUUCACCAGCGAGCCUUCACUCUACGACAAGAUUCUGCCUCAGGAGUGGCGAGAUUUCUUCGUUCAUCACGAUGCAUUGCGAAUUGUCGAUUUGCUCCUCCGAGAUGAUUUGUCACUAUUUGACGAAGACUCCAGUGUUGAGAAUACUACGUGUGCCGAACCAGCGCCCCCAGCCAGCUUGCUGAAAUUCAUCAAAAGAGUCAGAAAUCAUCUCCUGCUUCGGGAUUUAGGUGGGUCUCAAUGCUCGCGCAAUAGACAGGUCAAGCAGGUGCAGAAGCUUUCACGGAAUGCAUCAGUGGGCAUGAACGUGAAAAAGGUCCACGAGGUUGGCUUAUUCGCUUCAUAUCUUGACACUCUUACCACGUCUAUCAGCGACGCUACUAACAAACCCAUCACUCACCUCGUGGACUUCGGAUCUGGCCAAAACUACCUAGGCCGUGCUCUGGCUAGUGAGCCAUACAACAGAAACAUUGUUGCCAUCGAGAGCAGGCAAGAAAAUGCUGAACGCGCGAAAGAAUUCGAUGUCUUGGCCAAACUGGCAAUUAAGCAAAAGAUCAUGCGGGAUAAGAAGGCUUUUAGGAUAAAUGGCUUCGAUCCAGUAUCGGCUACGAACACUCUAGUUGCCAAUGCUGAUCUUCCAACACCGCCUCCUGAGCACAACUCUGGACUUAUUCCACGGGCACCGGAAGUCGAAAUGGCAGCAGCUGGAAAGGGCAAGAUCCAAUAUGUCGAGCAUCGAAUCGCUGAUGGUAACCUCAAAGAUGUCAUUGAUCGCAUACCUGAGGCUACUGCUGACAAGAAUGUUAUGGUGAUGUCUCUGCACUCCUGCGGCAACCUUGUACAUCAUGGGCUGCGAUCUUUGCUGAUCAACAACGAAGUUCGAUGCGUGGCAAUGGUAGGAUGUUGCUACAAUCUUGUUACAGAAAGGCUCGGACCUGCUACAUACAAGCUACCACAACUCCGUCCUACAACAUUCGAUCACCCUCGGCUGGAAAAGACUGGUGAAGCCAAUGAUCCUCACGGCUUUCCGAUGUCUAAGAGAUAUUGUGACUAUUACGAUAGCACGAACCCGAGCAACGAAGACAAAGGAGUGCGGCUGAACAUCACAUCUCGCAUGAUGGCUGUUCAGGCACCUUCCAAUUGGGGACCUUCCGAUAGCGAGAAUUUCUUUACUCGCCACUUCUACAGGGCGCUAUUGCAACGCAUCUUCCUAGAUCGCGGUAUUGUUGGCCCGCCCACUCCGAACUGUGUUGGAGGAGUGUCACCUGCAGGGCACAGCAGCGGAGGCACUCCCAUUGUCAUUGGCAGCCUUCGCAAAGGCUGCUACGAGAACUUCACAACGUAUGUUCGCGGCGCCUUGGCAAAGUUGACACAGGACGAGGUCCAUGGCGCUCUAUUCCGGGAGAAGAUGGGAGACAUCACAGAUGAAGAAAUCGACAGAUACGCAACGGAGUGGAAGGAAGGCAAGAAGAAGCUCAGUAUCAUGUGGAGUCUGAUGGCAUUUUCUGCGGGUGUGAUUGAAGCUGCGAUUGUGGUCGACAGGUGGCUAUGGUUGAAAGAGCAGGAUGAAGUGAAGGAAGCUUGGGUGGAGCCAGUCUUUGACUAUAAGUUCAGUCCGAGAAAUCUGGUCGUGGUCGGGAUCAAGAGAUGAUCAAGUAUCUGGCCAGUGUC